UAGUGUAGUGUCCUGUGUUUCCCGACCCGCCCGGCCUGUGAGAGUUUAUUUACUACUGUAUGUCAAAGUCAAGAUGAAGGUAAAAGUUAAAUAUUCUCCCACACAGAAGUUUGUAUUAAAUAUAGAAGAACAGACUCUUGGGGUCUUGAAAGAUGAAAUUAAGAAGUUUGUUGAAAACACUUACAAUCAACCUGUCAAGGAACCCUUAACAGUCAGUCUGAAUGGUUCAGAUCCACUCACUGGCCCAGAAGAUGCUACAUUGCAAAGUUUGGGUAUUGUUCCUGGUGAUAUGCUGAUAGUACUUCCACCAUCAUCAGUCACAGACAGGGCAAAAUCAUCACCACAAAAGACAGUUGCAUCUUCACAGGCAAGUGCUUCAUCCCAAGCAGAAGUUAAGGCCUCUACUUCAACCUCCCCAAAUAAAGAUGUCAAAGAAAAGAAGACUGAUUUUAACACACAAGACACCCAUAGUGACCCAAAAGUAAGUAAGAAAAGAGAUCCCUCUGAAAGUCCAGUUGAACAGCCACCAGCAAACUUGGAAAUAUUAUUUAAUGAAUAUACUCCUGCAACAGCAAGUCAAGCCCUAAAUCUUUUGGUUCAUCACACCAUAUUAGAAUCUGGCUUUCAUCUGAAGAACUCUUCAGGACCACCAGUUGGUUGGAAGGAAAUGGUUGCAACAUUCCAUUACAGUCACAACUCCUUUCCUAACUUUAAAUGCACUCUAGUUCUAGUUACGAUGGGAGAGGUGAAGCAGGUCUUAGCUAGUUUCCCUCAACAAGAAAGUGAAAUCAGUGUUCGCUUGAUGAUUGGAGAAUAUUUCAAAGACACCUCUAGCAGCCCAGUAACAGCAGAUAGUCUGGUUCAUGUUGCUCAAUUAACUCGUACUCUACGAGAUCGCUUGCUUCAUCCAUUGCAAAUUGCUGUUCACCAAGCAUUAGGAGUACCAGCCCCGUGGCACUUAGUUGGAUUGCCACAAGAGUUACUAUUAAUGAUUGCUGGUAUGUUGGACUAUCACUCCGUACUCAACUUGCGAGAAACGUGUCGCCGUUUUCACUCAGUCAUGGAUGAUAACAAAUUGUGGCAAAAUCUCUUCAAGAGAGACUUCAGUAAUCUUUAUGGUGGUUCAGGUAACUCAAAUAUUGUGGAUUGGAAAGCAAAAUACAGGGAAGCAGUGAAUCGCCGUAAAGACUGGAAACGAGUGCAAGAUGGAUUGGAGUAUGUAAUCCCAGGAGUAUUUCCAACUUCACCAUUUAUGCCGCCUGGGUACCCAGGUGGGCCAUAUCCUCACUUUCCACAACCUAGAGGUCCAGAUCCUUAUGCACCUCAGCCCCAUCCUCAACCUAACCCAUUCUUUGAUCCAGAUAGCCCAUAUUUUUCAGGUGAGAUUCCAAUAGUGCCUGGCACACUCCCUGAAAUUCCUGACCCCCUUGGCCCUUUGGGUCCAAUUGGUCCACUACGCCCCAGACCAGGUAAUCCUUUUCAGCCUCCUUUUAUGCCCACCCGACCUAGAGCUCCAAGAGGGCCAAGAUUUGAUUUCUUUUGAGUUUGCAAUUGUAUCUGAGUUCAGUUUGUUUCUUAAAAAAAUAUACUUUACUUUAAAAAUUAAUGUUGUUAACUGGAGCAAAUAGAGAGAAAGACAAAAUAGAAUGAGGAAGUACAAGAUGGCCACAGUGAAUUGUCACCCCUGUGGAGCUUUGGAUUUAUUACCAGUACCUAUACAAUUAUACUUUUGUUGCAUAUAUUUUAUCCCAUGACAUUAUACAAUUACAUUGCAUUACAUCUAUCUUUAAAGAUGACAUUGCUCAUUCGUCCAAUCAAUCUGUUUGUGCACCACCCUGACCUCUCCACAAGUAGUAAUGCUUUUUCGGGUUUCAUCAAGGAACACGUGACCCAGAGACAUUAUAACACCAAUAACAAGCUUAAAGAUAUUAUCACAUACAUAUCUUGUAACCCCUAAAAUGCUCCUGAAAAUGUCAGGCUCUCUCAAGUGAUAUUGCCUUAAUAAUUCCAUUGGAUCCAUGACCUACGCAACAUUUUUAAAGGUACAGUACAUGUAAUGUCAUGUUAUGUAAUGGACACAAGUGAAAUAAAAGCAAAACAUAAAUGACAAAGCCUAAGUUACACAGGUUACAAGACAUUGUUGUCACCCAGUGUGUUAUGCAUUGCAGGAUCUUUGAUAUGAGCAGCAGAACCCUAAAGGGAUUAAUUCAGUGGUAAGAAGUAAUGGUAGACCAUUCACCCCACGUGUGAAUGGUCUUGAUUUGGUCCCUGGCUUGAGUAGAGCAUUUGGCUUCCUCCUUAUACACUAAUCCUGGGAAUACUAACAGGUGCACCUACUGAUAGUGGAGCAGCCCUUCAAAAGACUAGCAUCCUGCCAGGGAGGUAGGGUAAUCCACUCACUGCAGAAUGAUGAGUCAGGGGACUUGGCACCUGCCCAGUAACCCUGCAGGAAAACACUUGCAAGAGUGAAAAACAAAAACAAAGUAUGGCAGAAUAUGAGAACAUCCUUAUUUCCAUUGUCUAAGCAAGCUAAGGGUAGACCGACUUCCAAAAUAAGCCAUAAUAGAAGAAUCAACACUCAUUUUUUAAUGGUGUAUGAAAAUAAAAUUCAGACCAUUACAUAUUAAUUUAUGUUUGGAGUUUACUGGUUGAUCCUAAGUUCUUAACAUUAGCAAAUGGAAGAACUUCUAAUCUAUGGUCGGACAUAUCGGUUGUGGAAUUAUUAGCCAAUGUGCAUGAAGAACCACUCCCUGUUAUAUUCAGUCCCUGGGGCAGGAGAUGCUGUUUCUUAUUGGGAAAGUACCUGGCUACAAAAAAUAGUAGAGGGUACUGUACUACACAAAAAAAAAAAAAAAAAAAAAAUAUAUAUAUAUAUAAUAUAUAUAUAUAAUAUAUAUAUAUAUAUAUAUAUAUAUAUAUAUAUAUAUAUAUAUAUUAUCUACUGAUUAUGUGAGAAGGAUCCAUGUUUCAGUUGUUAGAACUCUGUACCAUUGCAUGAGAAACAAUUUACUUAAGUUGAGGCAGAGCUGGUGUAGUAUUAUUUUGUUGUGUGCAUUUAGGCAGCCCCGUUGUGGGUCGAUCCUUCUCAUUUGGGGAUUGCCCACCCCAAAAAUUUUAUGAAAUGCCAUUAAAAAUGUUAGGUUUACUUACAUGAAGUUAGCAGAUUGCAUUUUUUUUUAUCACACAAACCAUAUACAAUACUGUAGUUCGAUUUGAGAAAAAAAUUAUUACAGUAUAUUAAAGGCAGUUCAUUGUAAGACUUUUUUUUAAUAACCCAAAUGCCAUCAACAGUAACUGAAGAUAACUUCAGUGGUGCAUCCCACACCAACCUACCUUAUCCAUGGGAGCCUAUAAUUCUCCAAUGGCAGGUUAUACCUGAACUAUCCAACUGAAUUAUCAUAAGUGCUGUAAAUGGCUCCUCACCUACUGAACCAAUGUCAAAACAAAGCUUAAAAACCCAUGAAACAGUGGUUACUUUGAGGUCACUAGACUGAAGUCCUGAUACAGAAAACUGUACUAGUUAUUUCUCAUCUAUAAAUGUGACUCCCAGAAUUCACUAUUCUAUCACAAUUAGCUAGAUACAGCACUUAGAAUGUGUUUCCACUUCUCCUCAACUAGUAUGUUUUCUUGGAAUUAGGGUAUCAUAUAAUUCUUUUUUCCAAUAUGCAGAAUUAUUGUAAGUGAUGAAAAUGCUAUUUUAAACCAAUUUACCAGUACACAUACUUAUUUGUAUAAGGGAGUAGCGGGAAAGACUCCGGUGUAAUCCAACUUAAUUAUCAGCCAAAAAAGUGUUCAGACUUAAGAGUAUUCAUAAGUGUAUUUUAGAAGACAAGAAAUGGUAAAUGCAACUCAUCAUGCCAAGUCAUACAGGGCCAUAUCCAGAGAAUGGGGAGGUCACAGUGUUGGACAAAACCCACAAUAAACAUAUGCCAAUUCAAGAUGCUGAUGCUAAUAUACAGUAUUGUUUUAAUCACAUAAUCAUUCAUAUUCCUCAACCUGGUCGCAGUGUUCACAGUUUAGAAAUCAAAUAUAUAAUCUACUUAUAAUUUUUUUCUGGGACAAUCAAGUUGUUACAGACACUCAAUAACCUCCCCUGGGUAUGACCCCAGUCAUAGCCAUUAAUCUUCCAGUUACCAAACACCUACAGGGGAGCUCAUUGACCUUUAAUCAUGCCACUAACACAGCUGCUUCAAAGAAAUACCUGAUUAAAGAGUGAAUGAUUAACCAUCCAACUGAAUUUUUACACUCAAGCAUACAACCUUUGAGGAUUUACUUCCACUAUGACUUUGAGUGGUGUCUUUGCAAAUGAUCACUAGAUAGAGAAGCAUAGUCAUGUCAAGUGAUCUCAAAGCAAUCAGUCCUUGGGCUUUGUUUCUACACUGGUUCACUGGUCAAGAAGCUUUUCACAGUACUGUACUUACACCAAUUCAUCUGAACAGUGUAACCUCCCACUGAAGUAGGUCAUGCCCCCUGGUCAGGACAAGUUGGUCAAGGAAUGCUUCAGUUGAGAUAAUACUGCUCACUCAUCUUCUCUUGGCUAUAAAAGUAAAUUUAAUUUUUCCUUUUUUUUCCAUUCUAGUCAUUGACCUUAUUUUAGUUUUCAUAGGCUCACAAAAGCCUAUGUUAAUGCAUGGUACUAGUACAGUAUUGCAUUAUAAACCACCAAUCAGAACAUCUGUAUACAGUACUGUUUACUCUGGAGUGUCAUGUGUGGAAAGGAAAUACAAUUACUGUAUUGUAUACAUAAUUUAACUGAAAAAUAAAAUUACCCAUUUUGUCAGUGGAGUUAACACACUGUGCAUUACUGGUUCAGUAGUGUACGUAUAUCAUACCUUUUUACACUGAUAUUGCCAAUAUUAUCAUAGCUGAAGAAAUAUGCAUGAAUAUAGUGUAUUGUUAGAAUUCUAAAGUACACAAUAUAUAACUACUGUACAGGGGGUAUAUUUUUUGUAUCUUGUAAAUCUUAAAUGAAAAAAUAAAAUUUAAAACCAUUCAAUUUGAAA